GAGCACACACAGUGGAAUGCAAAGAACAAACGAUGCAAGCUUACAACUCUUAAACCGUUUAAGAGCUGAGCUUCAUUAUCAAACACUCAACUCACUCGUCAGGGUUAAAGGCAUCCAGCAUACCAUCAUUCGCAUGCGUAAACCAUCCUACCCUAUCAGAAACAUUCAGUACCCUACCAGACACCGGGGAGGGAAGACGUCCCGUCGACGUCAGGAUCCCACUUACGUUCGCGAAUCAUAUAAUUCACUGAAAAUAAUCUAAUAAGUUUUAAGGAUGUUACAUCAGUGCUUGUUGUAAAAAGUGACAAAUUGUACUGUGGCGUUGUUUUUACUAUGUUCGUGAUCCUUGAUAGUGGGGCGGUAUUCAAAUGAAGAAAGUAAAGUAAACCAUAAAAAUUAUUCACCAGCUAUUUGACAAAUGGGUAUUAACCUCAAUGGGCUAAUAAGCUUUAUUAUAAAAAGUGCAAGUGACGUAAAAUGCCAGUGCAAAAACACAAAAGCUAAAGCUUAAAGGCGGCUAGCAAUGGCGUGUGACAGUGCAACCUAGCGUGAUGGUGCUAAAGUCAGUAUGACAACGUGGAUGGCGCUGUUCGGGCUAGUAUGGCUGCUACGCGUGCGGGGUUCGCUGUGCGGCUGCGCGGCGUGCAAGCGCGCGCGGCACGAGCACGACUCGCAGCCCGGCCCGCGCACGCCCAGUCCCGACGAACGCGCGCCCUUCGAUGUCAUCACCCUGCAGCAGUACACGCGCGACGUCACCGUGCAGACCGACUUCGAUGAUGAAGACGAUUUGGAUAAGAUCGAGCUUCAGAUCACGGAAGAAUCAAACGUUGGCAACUUCGAAGGCGGGCGGGAGCAGCCAACGCAAAGCCCGGAAAGCGCCCGUCGCGGGCCAGGAAGCUACCAGCCAUCUGAUUCCGAUAACGAAUCCGUUUGGGAGACUUCGGACGUGACAUUGGAGCGGGGCGCCGGCGGGCUCGGGCUGAGCAUCGCGGGCGGGGAGACCGGCGGGGACGUUAGCAUCACACGGAUAGCCGAGCACGGCGCGGCCAGAAAGGAUGGCCGGUUGCAAAUUGGAGAUGUGUUAUUACAGGUUAAUGACGUUUCGGUGGAGAAUGCCCCUCAUUCUGUAGCCGUUGACGCUCUACAAAAGGCUGGAAAUGUUGUAAGAUUACGGGUUCGUCGAGCCCGGCGCCCGCGGGUGGUCACACUGUGGCGAGGGGCGCGGGGCCUGGGGCUGGGAAUCGCAGGCGGAGCGGACGACGCAGCGGGCGGCGGAGGCGUUUUCGUGUCGCACAUCGCGGUCGGCGGCGCGGCGCACCACGACGGCAGACUGAGGCUAGGUGAUAAGAUAUUGGCUGUUAGGGAUGAAGAUGGUAUAGAAACGUCACUAAUAGGGGCGACCCACGCGCAAGCCGUGACAGCUCUGCGGAGCACGGGCGAACAGGUGACGUUGGUCGUGCUACCCGCUGGCUCCUUUCCGCCCGUUGCCAGAACAGCUCCGCUUUAUUCUACUAAAACUCAAGCCACGUCGUGUUCCACGCUUCAUGAACUUUUGGAAGAGGAGCCGAGUGAAAUCCCGAGGUGCGUGCGAAUGGUCCGACUAGUCCGUUCCGGGUCCCGACUCGGUAUGGACAUAGUUGGCGGCCUAGGCGGGGAAGCUGACACGGCGAGCGGUGUCGAAGACGAUGCUUGCGGUGUCUUCGUGUCUGGAGUUUCGGUGGGCGGGGCAGCGUAUGGCAUGCUGCAUCGAGGCGAUAGGAUACUGAGCGUUGACGGACGGGACUUGACGCGGGCCACGCAUGAACAGGCUGCAGCGGCAUUGAAGUACUCCGGCGCAGCGGUGUCGAUAGCGGCGCAGUACCAGCCGGAGCAGUACGAGCGGCUGCGCGCACGCAUACGCGCGAUCAACGCCGCCGCCGCCGCGUCGCCGCACGCGCACCGCCACGCUACCCACGUGCCCGUGCAUCCUGAUCUACACGCUGUAUACCCAAGGUAGCUGGUGACAUAAAUGGCUGUGAAAUCGACUAUUUGAAAGUGGAAUUCGACGGACGG